GUUUUAUAAUCUGAGAGGCGUGUGGCAUGACCAGAGAUUCCUUACUUUCUUGAACAACUAGACCUGCCAGUCUUGUUUCUUCGGGCACCAUCGAUUCAUACCUCGGCUGAAUCGCCGAAGGCGACUAGUAACCCAAAUCCUCCUUGGCGUACAUACGGCAAGGGGCGGUACUGUCAGGUAUUGUUUUAUUCUUUUCUCUAUACACCGGUUCAAACACCGUGACUCCAUCACCCGGCUUUUGAACUUCACCAUGUUUAUAUCUCGGCACGUAUAGCGUCCGAUUGCAACCUUCUGCCGGAUUUCUUUAUCAUAACCCGGCUCGCCGGCACUUCCCGUGGCGCCAAUGAACCCCAAUUACGCCAAUUAAGAUGCUAUUGUCUUGACAAGGCGUUUCCGCCGAAGCCACGCAGAUCUAAAACAGCACGGACGCUCCAGGGGCGCCGCAUCUCAGAUCCAUCGUAAUACAUACCCGGUCUUUCAGCCCCUUUCCAUCAUAUUUGUAGCAAAACAAGUCAACCUCUUGAUUCGAAUUACUCUUCGGACUCCGCGGCGCACCGUCAACUCGACAUUCUGAAGAUAUACUAUAGUACAGUAAACCUUCAUCGCAGCCAAUUAUCCCUUUGAUGGAUCGUCGAUAAGUAUACUAUUGUUAAACACCGAAGUCUCGUUACCAAGGCCGCGGUGUGUCGCGUAGUGGACGCGAUACCCGUACCGGGGCGCUGUAACGAUGACAUCUUCCUUACUUCCACCAAGCACCCGGCGGAAACUGGAUGAGUCUAUACCACCCCUACUCAGACCUCUCAUUCGGGCCUAUGUCCUAGGCUACGCUUCUGCUGUCGCACCAAGGCUCCUCACGUUGGUUCUACAAUAUGUAACUAGAAGGAGGAAAAGCAAGGGUGUUGCGAGUGCCAUUCGGCCCCACGACUCCUUCAUCGCAUCCCUGCAACGUAUCUUGCGUGGGGGACUAGAACUUCAAAGAUUCCCAACCUUCUGUGCUGCCCUCGUAGGCGGAACUACGUUACUAGAGGUUUUGCUUGGUACGGCUUUUAACCGUCUUCUAUCAAGAAGCCAACUUACAGAGUUGACCCGAAAAAGACUUUUAACCUGGUUAUCUUCUUUCAUAUCAGCUUGGCUAAGUCUCCGACUACUACAGUCGAAGGAGAGUGAUAGCUUCGCGGAGACUAUCGGUAUCAGCCAAGACUCGUUGGAAAACGCUAAGCAAGAGACGAUCCGGUAUGCUGGACGAACUUUGGAUCUGACGCUAUUCGCCUCGACUAGGGCUCUUGAUGUGAUAAUUGGGGAAAUAUGGUCGCGGAAGAGAUCUCGCAGAGUGGCGGCCGAGAAAUGGACACGGGGUGAAUCGCUAAUAUCUAAGUUGACCGACCCCACGAUAUUCGCAGCUUCGUCCGCAUUAAUCAUGUGGGCGUGGUUUUAUUGCCCGUCGAAGCUACCUAAGUCCUACACGAAAUGGAUUAACUCGGCCGCAUCCGUGGACUCACGGCUCAUCGAAGCGCUCCGGCGCUGCCGUAGCGGCGAACUCAUCUACGGUAAAGAGACCGGACAAGCAGGGCUGCUCCAAUCCAUGUGCGCGGACUUCAAGUGGCCGCUCGACUGGGGCGAUCCGGUCAAGGCCAUUCCAUUUCCCUGCGAGAUCGUACACAUGGGAUGUGGACCGAAUUGCGAGCACCAUGCCUUAUCCCGGUUCUAUCGAUCUUUCCAGUGGGCCAUGGCGACAUACCUGCCCGUCAACCUAUUCACCCAGAAGAGGGACGUGAAGGGUAUUAAGGCUGCCGUUAUAUCCGCGGCGCGCUCCUCGUCGUUCUUAGCCGCGUUCAUCGCGCUCUUCUACUACGGCGUGUGCUUAGCGCGGACGAGGAUCGGCCCGCACGUCAUCGGCAAAGACGCGCAGGCGAGGCAGAAGAUCGACUCGGGCGUGUGUGUCGGGUCCGGCUGCUUCCUAUGCGGAUGGAGUGUUCUAAUCGAGAAGGCCGCUCGGAGGAAGGAGUUGGCGCUAUUCGUUGCUCCGAGGGCCAUGGCUACGCUUUUGCCUAGGAAAUACUCUAUGGAUAAGCAGUGGCGGGAGACUUUUGUCUUUGCGUUCAGUACGGCGGUCGUGUUCACGUGCGUACGCGAGAAUCCGCAGCGGCUGCGCGGCGUUCUGGGGAAGGUGUUGGGGUUCGUUAUGGAAGCGCAGCCACGAUGAUUUAUUUUCUCGAGUAUCCGGGUUUUAGCCCGGGUGUGCUUUUUCUUCGACAUGUUCAUUGUAAUCUGUUGAUCUGUUCUGGAGCGUUUUGGCUUGUUUAACAGGAAAGGGAAUUUGCAUUGGGUUGGACAGGAGCAUCAACCGGAAUACACGUGGACUUAGGAAAGGGGCAACCUGGCUCUCUAGUCUGGAAGACAAGACAAUGGGGACAGACUUGUGGCAUUUAACAACUUCAUAUGCUAGUAAUGUAAUGUCUUUUGAAAUCCA